UUCUACGACGCUUCUACGACGCCGCCGCCGACCAUACAUCUACAUACCGAUAAACACGUCCGUCUUCGCAACGCUACGCAUCUAUCCACGUCGGUCGCAUAACGGACACUACGAAGGAGAUAAUAAUCCGAAUUCCACGCAACCCCGGAAGAACCUCGCUUCAUCGUUUCACGUCCCAUCAUUACCGACCGAUAACUGUACCGCAAAGUAAUGACGACAGUGCAACCCACAUCAUCAUCCUCGCAACCAGGGUUUAUGCAAUUUGAAACUGAUGAGUUGGAGCGAACUGGACAUGGUGGAAGCGGUGGUGGUGGUGCUGGAGGAAGCGCGGACAACGAUGGCGGCCUGAGUGCUCCCCCGCCUCCUAAUCGUAAGCGGGGAGAUAGCAAUACCGAGGACGAUGGUGCACACCACAACAAUACUCACCACCACCGCGAGCCACAUCCGUUAGAGGAGGAGGUGGAUGGCCACUAUCAACAGUACGGUGAUAAUGGUAGCUAUGAGCCGGAACACGAGGAUGACGACGGCGAGGAUCAUGGCCGGUAUGAGGAUUUGGAGUACGAUGAACGCGGAUAUAGCGGCCCUUCCGACCAGGACAAGUCGCAUCACCAACAACACCACGCCUUUCAGCACGAUGUCCAAGCGCAACAGCAGCAACCGGAGAAAGAUGAAGCUCGGAACGAACAGCACCAUUCCCCGACCAAGCCCUUCGGCAAACCGAUGAACAAAGCACUGAAGACCCAAUUUGAUCUGGAGUCGCAGAGGCACAUCGAAGUAGAUCCAACCCCCGACACCUCCCCGUUGGUCCAGUUCUCUAAGCUAGUUGCUCCGCAGUACCAGCGGCGGGACCCGGAGACUCUGUCACAACACUCCCAGAGCUCCGCCCAUUACUCCUCACGGCCUAGCAACGGCAACGGCAGUGGCAAUAAUAAUAACCAGCAUGGAUCGUACGAUGAACAGCCCGGCUCGGCCGACUUCUUGGAUCGGCGAAAACCGCCUCCCGUGUUGGACCGAAAUGCCAAAACAUUCGAUGUUCCUCAACCGCAGCGUUCACCAAUACGGCAAUUCUCGCAGCCCGCAAGCGACAGCCAGCUUCGCGGGUCUUACAAUGAGCAUCAGCAUCAGCAGAACCGCAAUUCCCAGGACAUGACCUCGGGAAACUCGCCGAACCACAACUACAGCAAUCCGGUGCCCAUCCCAUCGCGCUCGUAUGAUGCUGAGUUAUCGCGACCGCAACAGCAGUCGCAGCAACAGCAAUCUUCGCUCAAGUCGCCGCCGUCGAUUACGACCGGCCAACUCUCGGGCAGCUUUAGGCAGCAAGAGUUAUCGUCAUCUCACCACUCAAACCCAGUGUUUGGUGGCCCAUCGCCGAGCAACGUGACCUCCCACAUGACGCAGAGCUACAGCUCGCAGUUUGGGGCUCCGGAGCCGGUGCAUUUCCCUUCUCAUCUGUCGACUUCACCUCACGCUGCGCCUAAUCAGACCCCCGCAUUCCCAGUCGCGCAACCGUUCCAGCCGCCUCCUGCAGGAGUGCAACCAUCCCUGUACUCGAAUCACAGAGAGGCACAGCCGGCCCAGCAUGGCGAGGGAGCACCUAUGGAGGCCAACUUCCCGGCAGGAUGGGUUCCGGAAGACGACGACGACGAUGAGGACGAACACCAAGGUUCAAAGUCUUCUACUAAUCCCUUCUCGCCUGAUAUCCAUGACCAACAACCGUAUGGCCAACCACCGCCACAGCAGCAGCAGCAGCAGCUCGCCGGGUCACCGGGAAGCUUUAGCGAUAUCCGGAGUUUGCAGGAGGGUAGUAUCGGCGAGGGACGGUCAUAUAGCCAACGGAGUAACCCGUCCACCAUGUCGCCGGCCGAGGUGUCUGACAAGCCAAGUGCGAUCGGGCGCCCGACACCACCUACACAACCACCGUCUCAGCAGAGUGUGCACUCAACUGCUACCCACGCCUCGCAACAGAGCCAUCAUUCCCAUGCUAUCCAUGCGUCGCAACACACUCACACGUCGCACCAAUCGCAACAACAGCCAAAACAGCAACGAGGUGGUAAUGGUGGUAAUGGUGGUGGUGGCGGCGGUGGGUACGGCGGAUAUCACGAGACACCACCAUAUUCGAAUGCAUCCCCGCAGUCGAAUAUCUCUGGUUAUUCGCAGAUUCCACCUCCCGCCAUCCCGCCCAAGCAGCCGCUCGAUGGUGCGGAUCGCGAGCGUGAAAGGGAACAACAGGAGCAACUGCAGCGUGCGGCGGCAUUCAGCUAUCAGCAGCACCUGCAGAGACACCUCGUUAAUGCUUCGACUUCUCCGGGUGGUAUGACCGGCUAUGGACCUCCGCCCCCGAUUGGGCAGCAGAAGCGAGAUACCGCACCGCGUGUCACGAGCCCGCUGUCAAUUCGGAAGAAUGAGCCUUCCAACUUCCGUCCUCCGCAACAGCAGCAGCAUCAACAGCAACAGCAGCAACAGCAACAGCAGCAGCAACAACAUCAACAGCAGCAGCAGCAGCAGCAGCAGCAGCAGCAGCAGCAGCCGCAGAAGCAGCGGUAUCAGCAACAAGAGGAAGAGACUUCUCAGUCUUACACCGGAGGCCAGCGUUCGCCAGGACAUCAGCAACAAAGCCCCCAACAAGAGCGAGAGCGAAAGGUGUCCUUUGGGCAAGGUUCCAACUCAGGAAACAGUCCGAAGCAGCAAGCGCGAGGAGGACAGGGUCAAAGAAGUCCACAAGAGCGGACGCACCGGGGCUCGCAAUACAAUGGUUCGCCACACGGUUCACAAACCGGAACUUCCGGCCCGAAACAACCAUACUCGCCUCCCCGCAAAUAUCAUCAACAGCAAUCUGCGCCAUCACCACCUCCUCAUCCCAACGCUGAUUCACCUCCCCAGCAUGGCCGUGAUAUGAACCAACCGCAGCCCCAGCGGUACAUGAUGCCGCCGCUUCUCACACCUGUCAGUGACGGGCCGGCUCCUCCGCCGGCACCGUCCUGCCCUCCGCCCGACACACCCGUUAGCGAUAACGGUGGUCAGAGAGGACCCCCUGGAGGCUUCAUCAAAGGAAUCGCCCUCGGAGCUGGUGCCCCAGGAUAUAAGGGGUUUAUGGGAAUUCCAUUGAUGGGCAAGAGUGUGGGGGAUACUCGUGGGGAGGCCAAUGAUGGCGGAACUCCGACCGGGUUCUUGACUCGGAAACCAACACGGAAGACGCAAGAGCAGAGCCGGGGACCCCCGCCUUUGGGUGCACGUCCCCGUGGUUCUAGUGGUUCCAGUGGAUUGGGCAAGAUGGAACGACCCGGUAGCGCCGAGGGCGAUGAUCCGAUUCCUCCUGAAUACCGACCGAGAGGUGGGGACAAGGACGAGACUGGCGCGCCUCUCAGGAAAGAAAAAGGGUCUGGUGUGGGAUUGGGAUUGGACGGGCAGCAGAAUCAGCAGCAGAGCAGCGUCAACCCAACCCAGCAGAUGCAACAGCUAAGGCGGCCGCCUGCUGGCAAUGUUGGCAAUGUUGGUCGCUCGCCUGAGAAGUUCGUCAAAUCGCCGGCUCAGCCGGGUUCACAGCAGAGAAGUCCCGCAGAAGUCGGGUUGGGGGGAUACUUGUACUCGAAGCCCGUCCCGCCGCCAUCCGUUGGGAACUCUGGAACGUCAAAUCCGCGAUUCCCCAGUGGUCACGUCACUUCGCCUCUCACUCAAGCUACGAGUCCUACUGGAAACAUUGGUACGAGGGAGAGCGUGAUGCGUGGUCAAUGGGUAGACGACACUGCCGCUGUCUCUGGACCUGCACCGCCUGUGCGGAAACCCGACCCGCCUCAGAUGCCGGCCCACCCAGUCUACACUGGAUAUGAGAAUGGAGGUGGUAAUAGUUACUCGCAGAACUAUCAGAAGCCCCAGUCUCACGCCGCUAGCCCUCUCGAAGCGGUAGUGCCGGAUGAUGUCGAGAAUGUCACUAACCCUAGCGAGAGUCCGACUCCGGAUAUCCCGCACAUGCCAUUACCGGGGACCACACAACACCAUGAUCAUUCCAAGAGAGGCAUCGGCAGCCAGGAAGCGUUGUUUGCAACAUUCUCAGAUCUCCUUCCUAGCCUUCCGUCAACUCAUGUCAAUGCGCUUUUGAACUUUGCCAUGUAUCUGACCGAGGAUAUCAUCGUUGCCGAGAAGGCCGAGAACCUCAGGAUGAACUCUUACAAUGCGCCAGGUAGCAAGGAACAAUUGAGUCUCUUGGGCGAUCAACGGAUGAGACUCUACCGGGAUUGGGCCGGCCUGGAGGAGGUUGCACGGAGCCGUCAAGUUGCGGCGAUGAGGGCACCACCCCCAGAACCAAAGGAGCCCCGACAUGCCUACCACGGUAAGAAACACCAGGGAAAUAGCGUCGGCUACGAGGGAAUGCAGCCACUGCCACCGCCACCCAAUUUGGGAGGUCUGGACGAGUUCGGAAGCGAUAAGUACCAUCACUCACAAAGCCACCACGGAUCUUCUCACGGAGGCUAUGGUGGGAUGCCCGAACCUCCGGACAACUACCGCGACGAUACACCCUCACCAACGCCCACCGUUGAGCAGAUUGCCGCAGCCACCAAGGUCGAGCUUGAGCUCCUCAUGCCGCGUCCUAUGCCGCAUGUUACCGCUGUCCGAAUCGACCCCAGUACCCGCCGCAAGUUUGAGGAUGAUGCGUCCACUGUGGCCUCCGUCUCACGGGCGGAGAACAGAAUUGAUAUGGGACUUGCCGGUGGAACACCGUACCCCUUCCCGUUCCCCAAGCGGCAGGAAUUCGACUACGAGGAGGACCGCCCAGUAGACACGAAGGGGCUUUCUGCGGUUAUCUUGUCAUUUACGAAGGCGAAGAGCAAGGACGAUGGGGAGAUCAUCGCAGACAUUCCGCCGUUCCUCCACAUGGCAUAUGCUGCGCUGGAUAAGGCUGUCAACCAGGCACCCGUUGACCAGUACCUCGACAACGCGAGAAAGAUGCUGGAGCAGAAGACGAAUAACCGGAUCAAUGUGUUCCAGCAGAAUGCCAUGAAACGCGCCCAGUUGAACCAGAGCCAUACCACCACCGCGUACAAUAGUGGUCGUUACACUUUUGCUGAUAUCGAGCGGAUGCGGGAGUCUUUCGAGCACGAGGAGGCCAAGAACAAGAUGGAGCUCGAUUCCGAGAUCUACUCGAUCUUCGAAAACGAGUACGUCGAAGUGGCUUACAAGGAGGUCAAGACGCAGCUCGAGGAUCUCGGUGGCCGGUGGUAUGAGGAGGUCAAGAACUGGUUAUUUACCGUCACCGCACAGGAUACCCGAGGUACUGGAACGGCACUGGAGUACCAUCUCCUGCUCGAAGCUAUCGAUCUCCUCAACAAGCUUCACGUCACAAUGGAGCAGCACGAACACGUCCUUCAGUCUCUCGUUACCGAGCGAAACGCCCGUUACCUUCAGAUCUCCGUCGGUCCGCUUCUGCAGGCUGGCGAGACGGUGCGUGCCGCGGAUGCCGAGCGCCGUUACUGGAUCGAUGAGCAGGAGCGGCAAAUCCGGAGCAAGAUCGAGCGCGGAAAGCGGGUCGCGGAACACCGCAGCUGCGUUGACCGUGUCGGCGAGCAGGUCGUCGAAGGUCUGCGCAAGCGUUACGGCGAAGUCCUUGAGGCUGUCUGGGGUGUUGUGUGGCAGUUCCCGCCCUCGAUCCAACCCACAUUGCUUCGCAAGUUCUUCGACGAGAACACGCUGCCCCUUCCCAACGCCGAGUCGCCGACUUCCUACACGGUCGCACAGGAGAACGUUCAAGCUCUCGCUGAAGCCGUUUCCACUCUUGGUGAGAUAGUUGCGUUGAUCAAGCUGGCGAUGGAUUUCCGAUCUGCUCCCGCCGUCCGUGUGGUCGAGGCGCAGCUCGCGAUUCAAGUCGCCGAAGAGCAUGCCCGGGCCAACGGAGUCACGGCGCCCGCUGCCACCGCAGCGGCCUGCAUGAAGGGAGUGAAGCAGCGUCUUCCUGGUGCACUGAAACGCGUCGGCGACGAAUGCCGGAGCCUCAGCGAAAAUGUCGUCGGAGGCCUGAUGGAGGUGUUGGAGCGUCUCCGCAUCGGUGUCGAAGAGUUGGCCAUGAAGGGAGGACGUGUCGACGUCGGCUUGCACCAGCAGCGCAAGGAGUGGAACCAGAGUGUCAUCGGGGGUGGAGUGGGGGUUCCCAUCGGCGAGAAUGUGUGGCAGCAGGGUAGCGGCGAGAACUGGGUUACUGCCAGUGCUGGAUACACUCCUGCGCCGCCCCCUCCGCAAAACCAGGGCGUCAGGUUGCCGCAGCCCCAGCAACAGCAGGGACAGUCUUCUGGCGGAAUGAGUGUCAACUCGAUGUUGGGUGGAUUUAGGCGAUCGGGAGGUCCCAACUCGUACCUUGUUUCGCCCGGUGGCUACAGCCCCGGCGGAUUCUCGCCUGCGGGCUUCAGUGCCAUCAGCACUAGCCAGCCAUGGGGCAUAGCCGGCGGCACGGGAGGAAGCGAGGGACAUGGUGGCAGUCAGGGUAGUGCAGGAUAUUAGUGACUGGGCUGGGCUCGUUUUUUUUCUUCUUUCCUUCUCGAUUAUAAAGCACAUGGGAUUUCCUUUUUUCUCUUGGGCGGGAAUCGUCAUUUCUUUGGCUGUGAUAUUACUUUUUAUUUUUAUUGCUUUGUCUUCAGAGGGCUCUUCUAUACGAGAAUGGAAUUCGUGAUCUUUAUGCACUCACGUUUGUGG